AUGCAAUGCUCUCCCUGUUCUGUGCUCUUGUCUUUUCUGGUUAAUCCCUGUUUCCUGAGUGCUCAAUAUCACUCCCACGAUCAAACACUACUUUCCCCACAUUUUCGCUUGCUAACUGUUCUUGUUUUGCAGGACUUCACGUGGACUAAAGUUUCCAAUCAACACUGCUGUUUUGGGCUGAUUUGGGCUCCUACUGUAAUUGCAUUGGAUCGUGCAAAUGCUGAGGAUGCUGCACUUCCAGUCCCAAAGAUUUUUCAUCUUCAUGAGCAAAAAGAGUAUAGACAUGGAAGUUUGGGAGUUGGUGCUAACGAUGUAGUGAUUGAUUCCUUCAACCCUGUGAGCCAACCGGAAUGCGUGGCAGAAAAAGAUGACUCGAUGAAAUUUGAAGCACGUUCAAAAACUCUUUGCAUGGAGGAUCAGUUAAAAUCACUAGGAAUACAUAAUACAUGUGGCUAUCCGCUUGAUUCUAUGCUAUUUGAUGGUAUUAAUCUUGAAGCUAAUUUUCCACCAAAGAAGAUGAGAGCAGUUAUUUCUCCUAUGGAGCCUUGUGAUGCUCAUAAGUUGCUUGAAAACUUGAUGAAAUCGUGGCAAUCAAGGACAUGUAGUGGAAAGUAUGUUCUUCCGUGGAUAUAUGGUUUAUUGCUGACUCACGGUCAUUUUAUAUUGCCUCGAGAAUCCGUAACCCAGAUGCUUAAUUCCUUAUCGAAGAAUACUAAAUCGAGAGGGUCAGCACUUCAGUUAUCCGGGCGAUUGCAGCUCGUAACAACACAGAUCGACAAGGCAUCUCAGAUCAAAAGUCAAAACUCCACGAGCGAUCACUCCAUGGAUGAAAGUGAAGAUGACGAUGAUGAUGUAGAUGACGUUCUUUAUGGGGAAGAAGAUGAAUCCCAAAUAAGUAGCGACGAUGAUAAUUAAAUGCCGUCGGUGCUAGAGGUAAUAGUAAAACCGUGGGACUAAAGUUUGAUUGUUAAAGAUAUUACCAUCUCCGUUAAACUGAUUGGAAGAUUUUGCCAAAUGUUUAAAGAGAUUAGGAAGUGUUUGGUUCAAGAAUUUUCUCAUGUUUGGUUGGCCGGGAAUCUUAUUCCCGGUAAUGUUUU